UCUGAUGAUCAACAAUUAUGGCAUCAAGCGUGGGUUGUGUGGUUAAAUAUUGGACGUUGUUGUACGAAAUGUCCACCCGAAAAGGUGAUUGUUAUUGAUCGUUAUGAUUCAAAUAUACCAUCACAAAAUUUUUUAACCUAUUAUAUUGACAUAUUUCCAAAUAUAAUUCAACACAUAUGGUCAACAGAAUUUUUAUACAAUCAAAAAGAUUUUGAACAAUUUUCAUCCAUAGUUGAACACAUUUUAGCUGUACCAAUACAUUCAGAUAUGGCUUUAUUUUUAAUACCAACUGAUGUUAAUUUAACUGUGUUACAAGAAUCAGCAUUUAAAGCAAUGGAUUUUGUCAGAAAAAAUCUUAAAGAAUCGUCAUCUCAUACAACACAAUCUCCUCUGUUACCGUUAUUAUUUCAACGCUUACUUGUUUUAUCAUCCUAUGCUAUUAAUCCACCAAUAUUCGAUUGCACAGAUGGUAACAAUAAUAAAAAACUAAUAACAACAAAACAGCAACAAUCUAACACUCAACAAAAUAAUAAUUUAUUGCUAAAAAGUAGUGGUGGUGAUCAUUCAAACAAUAUUAGUUUUGUACCAUUUAGUGAAAAAAUUUUGCGUAUGACAGUUGGAUUAUACGAAGAUGUUGGUACUCAUCCAUCAGUGAUUGAAAGUGGAACAUUGCAAACAAUUAUACAAACAUUACAAGUUCCACUCUCAAUGAAAUAUAAUUGUCCAAGUCCAUCAACAUGGAAAUUGGCUAUUGAGUGUUUUUUUCGUGUAUUAAAAGUUGGUUUAGUUGUAGCAAGAAAAUAUCGUUAUUUGGCUCCAGCUGAUAGUGCUAUAGAUGAAAUUCAACGCGAUGAACUAAUCGAUUGUCAAGUAAUCGAAUUAAUUCGAGAUGAUAUAUUGCCCUAUGCGAAUGUAUUGACUGAAACAUUUCUUACGAAAAUAUUAAAUAUUUUAAAUCGAGGUUCGAUUUAUUCUUAUGCAACAGAUAAUUUUAUAGAUAUUGAUUCUAGUAGACGUUUACGUGAAGAAUUUUCAAAAGUUUGUUUUGAAACUCUACUAAAAUAUUCAUUUAUAAACGAAACAUCAUCUUCAUUUUCAUCAACAAAUGAUGGUAUGCUUAUUACAAAACUUGCACUAAGUUCAAUGCUCAAUAGAUGCAAAGAAAUCAUGCAAAAAUAUGCACAUGAUGAACGUUUACAUGGAAAAUGUCCUUUACCACGGCCACGAACAGCUGAAAUGAUUUCUGUAUUAAAGGCACUUGGAACUUUGAUAACGGCUCUAAAAAAGGCACCCAAAAACUCUGUUGAACUCACUAUUUGGCAUCAAUUAAUUGAUCUUUAUCCAUGCUUAGUUGAAUGUACAACAUCACCAGCACAACAAAUCUGUACAGCUGUUAAAGAAACAUUACAUCAUUAUUUUGCAUUACUUGCUCCCCCAUCGUCUAGUCGGUAA